AUGGGUAUCACGGCUACCAUAUUAUUCAUCCGAGAUAUCGACUCUCAGCAAGCUCAUAGUUCACUUCAUGGGGUUGUCAGAUCACCGGAAUCAAUAUUCCAGUCAUCUUCAACAAUUUCCGAUAAAUCGCAAUCAAAAAAUAAAGGGUCUGUUGCCUGUAUCUGUUCAGAUCUAUCAAGUCAUAAAGAGAUGGAACUAAGCAAGAAAUCAACGGACUUUCCGACUCUCAUGCCUUCAAAGUCUAGAAGUAGUGCUGGACGAGAUGACGAUGUUCGUAGUAACUUAUCGUUAACAUACAAGCGCCGACCUGGAUGGGAUGAAGUUGAGAUGAUGCGACAUGGUUUCGUCAACUGUGAUUGCACACGAGCACAAACGGACAUAUCAGCAAGGUUGGCAACUACAAAUGAUGCGGCUACCACAGAGGCAAAUUCAUAA